UUACCUUCACACGGAGAGCAACUAGGCUUUUGUCAUUAAUUCUUGUAUACGUUUGCGCCUAACGAAAACAGGUCACCGUGACGACGAGUAGGAGGAUAUAUACCUGUUCGCUAAGUUGCAAAUCUCGCUACCUAACAACAGCUCGCCUCUCAGAUCCUUAUAUCUCUUAAAGUGUCUGCCUGAAGCAGAACUUCCGUGGAUGUGUGCCGCGUGGGGGUGUAGCUGUAGCAGAUCGCCGAUCAUCGCUGCAAGUAUAACAGUGUCGUAUCGCCAAGCCAAGUAAGUAGUGGCGGAGCUCCAGAGAGAAGUCUUUUUUUUUGUCGAGAAGCAAAGAAGAGGACGUAUACACACAUAUACCUGCUUGCAUAUUUACGAGCAGGUAUGUCGCCGCGUUGCUGCAGCAGGGCGGAGCUGCCGCGUCGUCGUCGAGCUUCUUCUUCGUGAGAGAGUGAAGCUUAUUGCUGCUGUUGUGUUAUUGUAAUUAAUCUCUUUGAUGCUGCUGUGAAGUGUACUGCAAGCGAGAGUGAACGAUGCUGAGGUUCCUGUCGAGACGCCGGGCCCGCAGUGUCAGCGGCCAGAACAACUCGUCCCAGAUCAAGAAUCAGCGACUGCUCAGCAACAAAAAUAUCGUCCAGUGCCGUGUUAUUUUGCUGGACGGUGCCGAUCUGUCGAUCGAGUUGUCGAAAAAAGCACUGGCCAAUGAUCUCUAUGAGCAAGUAUUCUACAGUUUGGACCUUAUUGAAAAGGAUUACUUUGGCCUGCAGUACACCGACAGCAAUAACGUUCAGCAUUGGCUUGAUCCGACAAAGCCGAUAAAAAAACAAGUAAAAAUUGGGCCACCUUACACGUUAAGGUUAAAAGUAAAGUUUUAUUCAUCUGAACCAAACACCUUGAGGGAAGAGUUGACGCGGUAUCAAUUCUUUUUGCAACUCAAGCAGGAUGUUCUGGAAGGAAAGCUCUACUGUCCCCAUCAAAUUUUGGUGCAACUUGCUGCACUGACAUUACAAUCUGAACUAGGAGAUUAUGAUCCAACAGUGCACACAGCAGCUACAGUGUCGGAAUUUCACUUUGUUCCAAACCAAACUGAACAGUUGGAGUUGGAAAUCUUAGAAGAAUUUAAAAAAUGCACUGGACUCAGCCCAGCUCAAGCAGAGUCUGCGUACCUGGGAAAAGCCAAAUGGCUCGAUAUGUAUGGCGUGGACAUGCACACUGUCAUGGGUAAGGACUCGUGCGAGUACUCGCUCGGUCUAACGCCCACAGGUAUCCUUGUGUUCGAGGGAAGCCAAAAAAUUGGUCUAUUUUUCUGGCCGAAAAUCGGUAGACUGGAUUUUAAAAAGAAAAAAUUGACUCUAGUCGUGGUCGAGGAAGACGACGAGGGCCGCGAGCAAGAGCACACGUUUGUGUUCCGUUUAACGAAUGAAAAGGCUUGCAAGCAUUUAUGGAAAUGUGCAGUCGAGCACCAUGCAUUCUUCAGACUGCGCGCACCCGUCAAAGGUGCCAGCGGUCGACAAAACUUGUUCCGCAUGGGCUCGCGCUUCCGCUACAGCGGCAAGACUGAAUUUCAGACGACUCAGCUUAAUAGAGCUCGUCGCACGGUGCAAUUCGAACGAAGACCCAGUCAGCGAUACGCUCGCCGGCAGAGUCACGUUCUUAGAGAUAGGCAGCGUCAGGUGCAAGACCAGACGCCGCAAUUGUCAUCUGCUGAAGAGGAGCCGUUAGAGAGGCAGCCCAGCAGAUGUAGUAGUGCAAAGUCCUCAGUGUCCGAUAAUAGUAGCGUUAAGGGCGCAUCGUCGCCUCUGGUGGAUUCGAUUCUUAAGAGUCUAGCUAAAGAACAGCAGCCUCCUGAGCCGAGAAAUGAGGCAGCAGUAGCUAGCAGUCAAAAGGAAACUGAUCUGAUGAAAACGAGCUUGACUAUCGAUAAUGUGGCUUGUCAGCCUUUGACACCUGUUGUUCCCAACAAUCAGGUGAUUGGUGCAACAGCUUUGACGCCUCGUACGCCAAUACCCCCGGAAUCUUUAAAGUGUAAUAUCCUGAAAGCAAAGGUUCUCGAACAGGGAAAGAACUCGAACUUGGUAUCGAUUUCCACGUCUGAAACACCCUCUGCUAUUUCGGAUAAGUCACAGUUGUCAGCUGAAGCGGCAACCAUAGUAUCAGUGGGUGGCGAUAAAUUGACGCUCUCUGUGAGUGGAAUAUCGUCGAGUCCCACGCCAGUUGAUGACGCGGUCACAGUCACUCACUUCUCGUUCGAUAGCUGGGGCAAGAUUCAACAGAAGACAACUCCCUUUACUCCAAAAGUGGUAAAUCGAUCACAAAAUCCUUUCAAUCCAUUCACAAACCUGGACGAGUCGCUUAUUACUAGCAACGGGGAAGAAAGUAUUGCUGCUGCAGCGGCUGCUGUGCAGCCCAUCACAGAGGAACUCAUGUCUUUAGAACCGGUAAAAACGCCAGAGGAAAAGAAAGUCAACACCAACCCUUUCAUCGACUCAAACCCUUUCUUUGGACUGCUCAAUCCUUUUGCUUCCGACCUCAGCCCAACUCCUACUCCAACUCCUACCCCAACUACUCCGACUCUCAAAACUCCGGUUUUCGAGGAACCACCAAAAGAGGACAAGACAGACUCGGCAGUUAUGCCUAUUGUCAAUGGUACGAGAGUUGUGAAAACAGAGGAGAUACAGACCACCACGACCACCCUCACCCACAAAGAGAAUACUCCAGCAGCGUCAGACAUCAGUCCUUGGUUGGUGGCGGAUCCAGCUCAAACUACAACGACAACACAAAACACCCCUACAAAACACACUGUAAUAACUCGCAAGACGGUUAUUACGACACAGCUUUAGGCCUUUCCUUCUCAAAGUCGGUUCACCUAUUAGCAUAACGUCACAGAAGAAUACAAAUCAGCAGAAUAGUAUUACUAUUUAUAACACAGAGUUGCUGAAUAUUCUACUGUCAAGUUUGAGCUUUGCAUCCAAUCAAGGUAUGUGUUGCCCAUAAUGAUUUCUACAAAUUGCAGGAAGUUACUACACUUCUCGUCUGUGUGCUGAGCAAUCUUUCCUAACUGGUGCUACCAUUGCUUCUCUCAGCUAUAAUUUUUACUGUACUUGUAGACAUAAGUAUGGAUUUGUCAAAACAUACAUGCAUAUAAAUAUGUAUGUUGAGAGAAAAAAAAAUUUUCAGGCUCUGGUAGAUCGUGUGCCAUGUUUCACGAAAGAUAUAGUAUUUCUUAUUAUGAUAAGAGACAAAUUUUUACGAAACGAAACUUUUUUUAAACUGUGAUUUUAUCGUCAUUUUAAGGAAUCAAAAAAAAAACCAGCUAAAAUCUUUUUUAAUUAAGAAUUUUCUUCAAUUCCUCAGAAGACUGGAAUUUAUACGUUUUUAAACAAAUUAACGACACGAGAGAACGUGGCCUGACUAAAUGGAAUGAGUUUUUUAUACCAUUUUGCACUAGGUGAAAAAAAAAAUUUUAACGUGCCUUCAAAUACUUGUUCUAAAAUUUGUACUUACUUUGGUGUAACAACGAGUGUUAUACAGUUUUAAAAAAAAAUCAUCUUUUUCAGGUAAAGUAGAGAUUAGUCAAAGUAUGAAGUGAGAUGUAUUGUAUUUAAGCAAGUUCUUUAUUUACACAACAAAGAAGUUUAUCCAAAAUAAACUUCAAAUCAAUAUUGGCUGCGUAAUAUUUCCAAUCGGUGUAAAUAAAGAUUAAAAAUUGAAUGUUAAAAUUUACUGACUUGUGUCGCAGUAUUAAAAGAGAAAGAAAAUAUUUUACAUUUAUUUACUUAUUUGUACUUAGUACUUAAAGUCUAUUUUAAAGUUUCAUUUUUCUCUGAAAGAUACAUUCCCUUCCUGAUCUCUGUAUUAAAAUUUAGCCAAGCAUUAACUGUAUGAAAUGCGACUCGUAUACACAGUCAUGCAUUUAUUAUUUGUAUUUGAAUACAUAAAGGUAAUGCGUUUGGUGUAUACUUGAAAGCAUCAAUCACAUUAAAUUAUUAUACAUGAUGAAACAGGACUGCAAUAUAUUUAGAGUUUUUAUGUGCAUUGUUAUAAAGUUUUAUUAUAUUAUGUAAAUUGCGGCUUUUAAAAAAAAAUAUAUAUAUAUAUUUGUAAAUAGUACGUAAAACACAAGUUGCCUUAUAUAGACGUAAUAUUUACGAGAAAAGGUGAAAAAAAAUCUGCUUUAUUUUUACUGCUUGAUGAAUUUUCGCUUGAAAUAUAAAAUUUACACACAUCUGCUUUUUAUUUGAUAAUAAAGAACUAGAUGGAAUCACGAUUCAUCAAUUUUUCAACGGCAAAUCAAUGAAAGAAUGGAGUGAGAUAUUUUUUACAAAAAAAUUAAUGAUCGUUGGUAAAUAAGUUAUUAAAAUAUUGUUUUAAAAACUUUUAUCCGAAUUAUGUCGACUCAUGAUUUUGGAAUAAGUAUGUAUGUCUUUUACAACAUGUCCUAAUAAAAAUAGACAAUAAUUUUAA